AGGUCUACAGCUUUGUCAUUUGCAAAGUGAGAGCUCUAUGUUAUCGUGCCUCACCGGUGCUUUUGAGGUGUCAUAUAUAAAGGGUAGUUCCUGUUUAAGCUGAACUUUCCAGUUGCUUCAUGCAGGGCCAAAAUAAAACAUUUUGCAUUGGUUCUGCAACCUUUGGUGAUUGAAGACAUGACUGCCUUUAGACUGGAGUUUUUCUUUUUCACUGCUCUUCUGGGCUCAGUCAACACACGCUCUGUUGAUACAACUGGCGUGAUGAAUGUCCUGAUGGGUGUGGAUGUCACUGCGACAGGUGACAUGUGCCAGGACUGCAGUAAGAUUUUUGAGCUUCUAAAGGACCUCCUUUCCAAUGAAGACUUCCAGACCAAAUUAACUGCCGCUCUUGACCAAAUGUGUGAUAAGUUGCCUCUCCAAAUCACUCAAAUCUGCCACACCGAGGUGGAAAAGAUGCUUCCACUGGCUAUCACCUUCAUUACCAGCAUAAUGCAACCUGGUGACAUCUGUACAAUUCUAGGAAUGUGUGGAGGACGUGACAGUGCCAAGAUUAGAGCUCUGUUGCUUAAUCACAUUUCAAAAACGGCACCAGUGCCAACUAUGAAGAUGGAGACAUCCAUUCAGUGCUCUGUUUGCACAUAUGUCGUGAGCUCACUUGGGUAUCUGUUUCCCAGAGAGAGGGCUCAGAACAUCGUAACUGUGCUGCUGGAGAGUUUGUGCAGAGAAUUUCCCCUUCCGGUUCAACCACAGUGCAAUAAAAUGGUUGAAAAAUACGUUCAACUGUUGGUUGAAAUGCUACUGAACAAUACUUCUCCUAACUUCAUAUGCACUCUGCUUCAUUUUUGUGAAAUAUGGGAGCAUCCCAUCAAUGCUUCUGUGCCUUUUUCUGAUUGUGAAUCUUGUCUCACAUUGGGAGUUCUGGCUCAUGUUUAUCUGGGCCCCAAUGUCACUGAGCUCCAGGCUGCUUCAUUCUUGGACACCGUCUGCCAGCUGCACCCCAGUGCCAUGCCAAAGUGUGAGACCUAUGUGCAGCGUCAUGGGAACCAGCUCCGUGUGUUUCUGAGCCAACAGCAGGAGUUACUGGACAUUUGUAAGAGGGCACAUUUGUGUGUUUCUGGUGAGAAGGAGAUUGCUGCUGACCCCUGUAGCCUUGGACCAAUCUACAGCUGUAGAGACCUCCAGACUGCUGUCAACUGUGGGGCAAUUUCCUUCUGUCAGAAGAACGUGUGGGAAUAAUCUUUUUCUGCUGUCCAAACUACAUGGUAAAUGUCAACUCAUUGUUUGCUAAAUGUCAACCAAUUGCUAAUAAAAUUGCUAACAAACUUA